AUGGCAGUUUCCAGAGUUGAGGGAAACUGGGCAUUUGAGCCUUUGGACUCCAUGGAAGACUCACCCUUGGGCAGCAGCCCUGACGUGGAGCAGUGUGAUUUGGAAUCCUCAUCCAACCAGAGCCUCUCUGUGGGCUAUUUCCCCCAUGAGGACAGCAUUGACUGUGAGGAUAUCAUACCCUGUGAAGAGCUGACUUCUGAGGGUCCUUCCUGCCACGUGCUGCCUCCUGUCCAAGGGGAGAACCCAGAGAAGCCUGGCGAAGAAGCCAUCCUUGAGGUCUUGGACGCCUAUCUGGGCUGGCACCAGGAAGACUCAGGAGCUAAUGGGACUCCCAAGGAAGACUCCCAGAGGAUGGACGAGUGCCCACAGGAGAGCAUAAACCAGACCCUCUGGGACCUGGAUGAGCUCAUGAAAGAUCUGGAGGCAUGUAUGGAAAAUCAGAAAGAUGACCAAGACCAUGCCUCCGUGCUGACCGAUUCUCCUCAGGAGGAGGAUCUCCAGCCGUGCAGCAGUGCCUCUCCCCAUAUGGAUCAGGUCAGCUAUCAAGAAUCUGAAGCUUGUGAGGACUUGCCCAAGUGUGACCCACCAGAAGACAGAGACAUGGACCAGUUCCCAGAAAUGCCUCCUGAGCUUGAGGACGAUGAAAUUGUUGAGAUGGAAAGCCAGGAGAUCUGCACUGCAGAGACCUCCUCAGUCUCCUCAGAGCCCUCCAAGGAGGAGGACGUGCCUUCAGAGGAAGAAAACACGUCCUGUCUGAACUUGAGCUUAGGCUUCAGGCCAACUUCUUCGAGGAAGCCUGGACUCAUCCUUCUUGCUGACUCUUCCUGUGUUGUCAAUUCAUCUCCCAUGGCCACCAUCAUCUUCCUCACUCAUCCACAGGUUCCUGCAAAGGUCUUCCUCCUCUGA